GCUGCUUCAUGUGAGGGACACCAGGCAUGCUCACAGCGCAUCUAGCCGGAAGAUCCUUGCUUCGACCGGGACUGCAGCAGCUCGGGGUCCAGUGGAGGCGUCUCUGUGCGGCGCAGAGUGGCCGGGGUCCGGACACACUUCAGCAGGAAGACAUGAACCGGAGCCGGGCUCAGAUCAAGCGGGUCCUCUGCGUAGCCGAGAAGAACGAUGCAGCCAAGGGCAUCUCAGAGAUCAUGUCCGGCGGCAGAGCCCGGAGGAGGGAAGGAAUGUCAAAGUUUAAUAAAAUCUACGAGUAUGAAUAUCAUCUCUUUGGUCAGAAUGUCUCAGUAUCAAUGACUUCAGUAUCUGGUCAUUUACUGGGUCUGGAGUUUAAAGCGCCGUUCCAGAAAUGGCACAGUUGUAAUCCCCAGCUGUUAUUUGACGCUGAGGUAGAGAAGUACUGUCCAGAUAACAUGAUACAAAUCAAGCGGACUCUGGAGAAAGAGGUGAGGCAGUGCCAGGCCUUAGUCAUCUGGACUGAUUGUGACAGAGAGGGAGAAAACAUUGGCUUUGAAAUCAUAGACGUCUGUAAAGCAGUGAAACACAAUUUACAAGUCUUUCGGGCAAAGUUUUCUGAGAUUACCCCCAACUCCAUUCAGAGAGCUUGUGAAACUCUGACAGAGCCGGAUGCUAACAUCAGUGAUGCUGUUGAUGUCCGUCAGGAGCUCGACCUGCGGAUAGGUGCAUCCUUCACUAGAUUCCAGACACUUCGUCUUCAGAAGAUCUUUCCGGAGUCUCUGGCCAAUCAGCUGAUCUCAUAUGGCAGCUGUCAGUUUCCCACUCUGGGCUUCGUGGUGGAGCGUUUCAAAGCCAUCCAGGCAUUUAUACCGGAGACGUUCUACAAAAUCAAAGUGCUCCAUGAAGUUGAGGAGGACACUGUCGAGUUCAACUGGAAAAGAAACCGUCUCUUCAACCACACAGCUUGCCUGGUGCUUUACCAGAUCUGCAUGGAGGAUCCCAUAGCAACAGUCACCUCAGUAACCAGCAAACCCAAGAGCAAGUGGAGACCGCUGCCUUUGGACACUGUGGAAAUGGAGAAACUGGCGUCUCGGAAGUUAAGGAUAAAUGCCAAAGAGACCAUGAAAAUUGCAGAAAAACUCUAUACUCAAGGGUUUAUCAGUUACCCCCGCACUGAGACAAACAUUUUUCCUGCAAACCUGGAUCUCAGCCCCCUGGUGGAGCUGCAGACACAGAGCCAAGCCUGGGGGACGUUCGCCCAGCGGGUGCUCGACCAGCCUGGGGGUCCCAACCCACGACAGGGCAAGAAAUCGGACCAAGCCCACCCCCCCAUACACCCUACCAAGUUCUCCCAUACACUGCAGGGCAAUGAAGGACGUAUUUAUGAGUUCAUUGUCCGGCACUUCCUUGCCUGUGUGUCCCAAGAUGCUCAGGGGCAGGAGACAGUGGUGGACAUAGAUAUAGCCCAGGAGAAGUUCUCCACCUCGGGACUCAUGAUCAUUGCAAGGAACUACCUGGAUGUUUACCCGUAUGACAAGUGGAGUGCCAAGGUGAUUCCGGUGUACGAGAACGGCUCCCAGUUCCAGCCCUCUGCUAUUGAGAUGGUGGACGGACAGACGAGUCCUCCGCAGCUGCUCUCUGAAGCCGACCUCAUAUCACUGAUGGAGAAGCACGGCAUUGGCACAGAUGCGACCCAUGCAGAUCACAUUGAGACGAUCAAGAGUCGCAUGUACGUGGGUUUGACAGCUGACCAGAGGUUUCUCCCUGGAGAGCUCGGCAUGGGGCUGGUGGAGGGUUACAAUUCCAUGGGCUAUGAGAUGUCUAAACCAAACCUGCGUGCUGAGCUGGAGGCAGAUCUCAAGCUGGUAUCCGAGGGCACGAAGGACAAACGGGGCGUUCUGCUGCAACACAUCCAGAAAUACAAGACUGUCUUCAUUGAGUCUGUCAGGAAGGCAAAGAAGUUAGACGAAGCCCUGACGCCAUAUCUGGGUGCAGCUCAGGAGAUCACUGAAGCCGAGCAGCAGGACAUGGAGAUCCCGCUCCCUGUCAGGAAAUGCCCUCACUGUAGUCGGGACAUGGUGCUGAAAAAGAAGAGGGAGGGAAACGGUAAGUACCUGUCCUGCGUGGGUUUCCCAGCCUGUAAGACAGCGGUGUGGUUCCCCGACACAGUGCUGGAGGUCAGCAGAGACGACAGCAUUUGUCCCACCUGUCAGCCACGCCCCGUUCACAUGUUGAGGCUUAAGUUCCGCAGAGGCAGCCUCCCUCCCAUGAUGCCUUUAGAAUUUGUCGGCUGCAUCGGUGGAUGUGAUGAGACGCUCAGAGAAGUGCUGGACUUGAAAUACCUCAGAGCAGGAGGAGGAGGAGGAGGAGGAGAUGGUGGAGUGAUGGGAGGAGGCAGAGAUGGCGGAGGGGUGGGAGGAGUUGGGAGACGAGGAGGUGGGGGGGGUGGCCGAGGGCCACCAGCUCCACGGCCUCCUCGACCAGAUCCACCCAGACCCCCACGUUCCAAUCCUCAACCUUCCUUUCCUCCUGCCCCCUCCUGGACCCCUCAGCCUCGAUCUCCACCAGGUGGUGGCGGUAGUGGAGACCCCAACAGAGACGCCAUUGUGUGCAACUGUGGUCAAGACGCACUUCUCCUCACUGUGCGUAAAGACGGCCCCAACCAAGGGCGUCAGUUCUACAAGUGCAACGCUGGGAGCUGCAACUUCUUUCUAUGGGCAGAUCAACCAAAUCAGCCGGAGGCACCGCAGAGUCGAGGGCCUCCCCGCCCCCUGCCUGCACCGAACACCUCCCAGCCUCCGAGGCCCUCGAUGGGUUUCAGGAACACAUUUGGAGGAGGCCAAGAGCAGGAAGGGGGAGCUGGAGGACAAGUGGGACAGACGAUGUGUAACUGUAAUGAGACAGCGGUGACGCGUACAGUGCAGAAGGACGGUCCGAACAAGGGCCGGAUGUUCCACACCUGUGGGAAACCAAGAGAGCAACAGUGUGGCUUCUUCCAAUGGGCGGACGAGAACACACCCCCACCAGGUAGUUUUGGUGGUGGAUUUAAUGGUGGUGGAGACCGUGGAGAUGGAGGGGAAAGGGGGAGGAAGAAAAUGGGAGCGACCAACCCCAGCAAACCUCCUGCUGCUAAGAAACCCCGUUCCUGCGGCAUCUGCCACAUGCCAGGGCACACCCGAGUCACCUGUCCGCAGCGGUGACCGCUGUGCCGGGGUAAAGACUGUGAAGCUGCUCUGGAGCGUAACGGUGCGGAGUCAGGUUUUACUUGUUAAAUAUGCAGCUUCACGUGGGCUAGCACUCUCUUUCUGAGAUUUACACACUUUACCCAAAGUUGUAUUUCAAAACAGUUUCAAGAGGAAAGAAGAAAAUGCAAAAACUGUGCCAUGCGUUGAAAACUUUUAAUAAAGAAAGAGGAAUGUCGUAAAACGUUUGUAUGCCAGGUCAGUAGAAACAGGAACUUUUCUCUGUUGUCAUCACUUUGAUUUUGUGAUAUUUUUUUUUUUAAUUGGAGGCUCUUCUGGUAGAAAAACAGAUAAUGAGAGAGUUGCUCAGCUGGUCUUAGAUCAGAUUAAUAACCCUGUCAGUCGUAUGGACUCUGCCACAGAAGCAGUUCUAUCUUUAAUAAAGAAGUGUAUUUUAAAUAAAAACGUAUUUGCACACAGUUUUUUAACAAUAAAUAAUACAAAUUAUAUGCAGAUUUCCGGAUUCGUCAAAGUGUUGUCGGGGGAAACACUGAAGUAUGUAAAUGUAACGAGUGGGUGGAUUAAGCAACUGUCGGUACCACAAUCAUCACUUUUAUCUGAACAUUGAGUCUGAUAAACUUUCUUGUGCUGUAAACCUGAUAAUAUCUUACAGUCAUGACCGUUUGUUUCAAGUUUUGCUUUUAGUUUUAUCCUAAGUAAUUUGUGUCAGUUCACCUGGUUUUGGUUUCUGUUUUAUCUUGAAUCUUUCAGCCGCCUGAACGUCUUUGUUGCUGCUGUUCACAAUAAACAUAAU